CGUUGGGGAAGUCCGUCACCGCGGCUGUUGGACCUGCUGCAGCUUUCGAGGUUCCGAUCGGUUCCAUUUUUAUUUAGGUUCAAACUGAGACUCUUAACGUCGGGCUCUAAACCAGUUGUCGAUCAACGAAAACGCUUUGGAUUUUAACUGUCUUUAUACUAAUCCCGGAAACCCGUCAGUAAAGCGAAAGUUGAGAGAGUCGAGAUGAGCGUGGAGGCGUACGGGCCGAGCUCCCAGACCCUCACCUUCCUGGACACCGAGGAAGCGGAGUUGCUCGGAGCGGACACCCAGGGCUCGGAGUAUGACUUCACCGACUUCACCCUUCCCAGUCAGACGCAAACUCAAGGGCAGACACAGAGCCAGCUGGACAGCCAGGUAAAUGGUCCCGAUGAGGGUCUUCACAACGGUGGAGUGGAUGAUUCCGUGGCCAAAGCCAGCCAACUGUUGGCCGAGCUGAACUUUGAGGAGGAUGAAGAGGACACGUACUACACCAAAGACCUGCCCUUGCACGCGUGCAGCUACUGUGGUAUCCACGAUCCAGCGUGUGUGGUGUACUGCAAUACCAGCAAGAAGUGGUUCUGUAAUGGGCGUGGCAAUACAUCCGGCAGCCAUAUUGUGAACCAUUUGGUGAGAGCCAAAUGCAAAGAAGUGACUCUGCAUAAAGAUGGGCCGCUGGGCGAAACCGUGCUGGAGUGUUACAACUGCGGCUGUCGCAACGUCUUUCUCCUGGGCUUCAUCCCAGCAAAGGCUGAUUCUGUGGUGGUGCUACUCUGCAGGCAGCCCUGUGCCAGCCAAAGCAGCCUGAAGGACAUCAACUGGGACAGCUCACAGUGGCAGCCGCUGAUCCAGGACCGAUGCUUUCUGUCCUGGCUGGUGAAGAUCCCAUCAGAACAGGAGCAGCUUAGAGCCCGUCAGAUCACGGCCCAGCAGAUCAACAAGUUGGAGGAACUCUGGAAGGACAAUCCCACUGCCACCUUGGAAGACCUGGAGAAACCUGGAGUAGAUGAGGAGCCCCAGCAUGUACUGCUGCGUUACGAGGAUGCUUAUCAAUACCAAAAUAUAUUUGGCCCUUUGGUCAAAUUGGAAGCUGACUACGACAAGAAGCUUAAGGAGUCACAGACUCAAGAUAAUAUAACAGUUAGGUGGGAUCUGGGGCUGAACAAAAAGCGGAUUGCCUAUUUCACUCUUCCUAAGACGGAUUCAGGUGGUAAUUCUCUAAACUUUCCUUCCUCCCAGUGGUUCUGUGAUAUGCGGCUGAUGCAAGGUGAUGAGAUUUGUCUGCGGUACAAGGGAGACCUGGCCCCGCUGUGGAAGGGCAUCGGUCAUGUCAUCAAGGUCCCAGACAACUAUGGAGAUGAAAUUGCCAUUGAGUUGCGGAGCAGUGUUGGAGCACCUGUUGAAAUCCCCCACAACUUCCAGGUGGACUUUGUGUGGAAGUCGACUUCCUUUGAUAGGAUGCAAAGCGCCCUAAAGACGUUUGCAGUGGAUGAGACCUCAGUGUCUGGCUACAUUUACCACAAACUCCUGGGGCAUGAGGUCGAGGAUGUCACCAUUAAGUGCCAGCUGCCAAAGCGCUUCACUGCCCCAGGCCUUCCUGACCUCAAUCACUCACAGGUGUAUGCUGUGAAGACGGUGCUUCAGAGACCUCUUAGUCUGAUCCAGGGGCCUCCUGGCACUGGGAAGACAGUCACCUCUGCCACGAUUGUGUACCACUUGUCCCGACAGGGCAACGGACCAGUUUUGGUGUGUGCUCCCAGUAACAUUGCUGUGGACCAGCUGACUGAGAAGAUCGAUAAGACUGGACUGAAGGUUGUCAGGCUGUGUGCCAAGAGCAGGGAGGCCAUCGAGUCCCCUGUGUCUUUCCUUGCUUUACACAACCAGAUCAGCAACAUGGACAGUAUGCCGGAGCUUCAAAAACUACAGCAGCUAAAAGAUGAGACUGGCGAGCUGUCGUCUGCUGAUGAGAAACGCUACAGGGCUCUGAAGCGCACUGCUGAGAGGGAGCUGCUCAUGAACGCUGACGUAAUCUGCUGCACUUGUGUCGGAGCUGGAGACCCUCGUCUGGCCAAGAUGCAGUUCCGUUCGAUCCUGAUCGAUGAGAGCACCCAAGCCACUGAGCCCGAGUGUAUGGUGCCCGUGGUGUUGGGAGCAAAGCAGCUUAUUCUGGUGGGUGACCACUGCCAGUUGGGUCCUGUGGUGAUGUGUAAGAAGGCGGCUAAAGCAGGUCUGUCGCAGUCCCUGUUUGAGCGCCUGGUGGUCCUGGGGAUCCGGCCGAUCCGCCUGCAGGUCCAGUACCGUAUGCACCCGGCUCUCAGUGCCUUCCCCUCUAACAUUUUCUACGAGGGAUCCCUGCAGAAUGGUGUCACUGCAGCUGACCGCAUCAAGAAAGGCUUUGAUUUCCAGUGGCCACAACCAGACAAGCCCAUGUUCUUUUACGUUACUCAAGGUCAGGAGGAAAUUGCCAGCUCUGGAACCUCGUACCUUAACAGGACUGAAGCUGCCAACGUGGAGAAAAUCACCACCAGGCUGCUGAAGGCGGGAGCCAAACCCGAUCAGAUCGGCAUCAUCACCCCGUACGAGGGUCAGCGCUCCUACCUGGUCCAGUACAUGCAGUUCAGCGGCUCCCUGCACACCAAACUCUAUCAGCAAGUGGAAAUUGCCAGCGUGGACGCCUUUCAGGGCAGAGAGAAGGACUUCAUCAUCCUGUCUUGUGUUCGAGCCAACGAGCACCAGGGAAUUGGCUUCUUGAACGACCCUCGCCGUCUCAAUGUGGCGCUGACCAGGGCCAAGUAUGGUGUGAUCAUUGUGGGCAACCCCAAGGCGCUCUCCAAGCAGCCACUGUGGAACAACCUGCUGAACAACUACAAGGAGCAAAAGGUCCUCGUGGAGGGGCCCCUAAACAACCUGAGGGAGAGCCUCAUGCAGUUCAGCAAGCCCCGCAAACUGGUCAACACCAUCAACCCUGGAGGACGUUUUAUGAGCACUGCAAUGUACGAUGCCCGUGAGGCUCUCAUCCCUGGUUCUGCAUACGACCGCAGCAAUGGUGGACGUCCAUCUAAUAUGUACUUCCAAACACAUGACCAGAUUGGGAUGAUUGGUGCAGGCCCAGGUCCCAUGGCUGCUAUGAAUAUUCCUAUACCCUUCAACUUGGUGAUGCCACCAAUGGCUCCACCUAGCUAUCUAGGUCAGACCAAUGGCCCUGCUGCAGGGCGUGGAGCAAUGAAAGGUAAGCCUGGGCGUGGUGGGCGGCAGAGGGUCCGUGGUUCAGCACACCAGGGUGCCAGUCAGGGUAAUGGACCCAACAGUCAGGCCAGCCAGGAUGGAGCCUCCCAAUCCUUCUCCCAGGGGCCACUGACACAAGGCUACAUCUCCAUGAGCCAGCCCUCACAGAUGAGCCAGCCUGGCCUCUCCCAGCCGGAGCUCUCCCAGGACAGCUACCUGGGUGACGAGUUCAAGUCCCAAAUCGACGUGGCUUUGUCCCAGGACUCGACCUACCAGGGUGAACGUGCGUACCAGCAUGGCGGCGUGACUGGACUGUCGCAGUACUGAAGUGUUACCCAAAGAAGGGAGCUAGGCUUGAGCUGAGCUUAGUUCAUCAGCUUUUUAAUCUGGGAAAUAAUAAAAACAUAAAAUGGAUACCUGUUUUCCUCUGCUACAACCGAAGCACCACCAAGUGAAAGCGACGGGAUAGCGAAACCAAACCAAUGACCAGCGAGAGAAACAAAGAGGGUAGAAGAAGAAGAGAGCACGAACAGACAGGCAGGGCGAUGGCAUAAGAGGCCGAGUGAACAAGUGAGAGGCAGGAACUAAUGCCCGUGCAGAGUGAAGGGGGGAGGUGGAAAAGAUGGCGGCUUGUGGUCGGGCUGCUGAGGGAAACACGAGAGGUCCAAACGGUCUCUCAUGGGAAUCCAAAUGAGGUUGAGCUCCAAAUAAAGUAAUCUUCCCAACACCUUCCCAUCCACAGUGUCUGAGAAAAGUUUAUACGCUCGUCUUCAGGUGAAGAUCGUAAAUUUUCAGCAGAAUUUGAAGAAACCUGGUUUCACGACCUGGUUGCAGUUCUGCUUCCCCGUGCUUAAAGCUGGUUGACUCUCAACCUGUGCAGUGCCCUGGACUGUUUUUAAAAUUAGGUUUGACAUGGGAGAAGCGUGCUACCUACUGUCUUCUACUGGACCCUCCAAACCUCAGCAGCCUCUAAAGAAAGCGGCAGUCGACGGACCCUCUCAGAGAGGAACGACAAACUCUGUUUCUGUGUCUGAGUCUGAUAUUGAAAUGCCUUUCAUUCGCCUUGAGAACCACUGGCUCGUUCACAAGGUCUGCAGUGGGGUGGUUUCGACCACCCAUCAGUGGUGGAGUGGCAUGGGGAUUUCAGACUUUUUUUUUUUUUUUUUUUUUUUU